AUGAAACCAUCACCAGAGAUGCACGCAAUGAUCCUACCUUUCAUCAGUAUCAUCAUCUCCUUCAACCUCGCCCUCGGAAUCAUCAUGUGCUACUUCGUCCGCCGCAAACGACACCUUCCCGAUGACGAAGCAAUCGAGCUCACCGAGAUCAAGCCAAAUCUUGACCGAGGCAUGCUGGUCGAAAUCAUCUCCAUCUAUCGAGACGGCAUCGAAAUCUACACAAGAGACAAAUCACCCGCCAGUCAACGUCUGUAUUACCAUCCUUCACUCCAGGACCCCGAGCAGGCUCACAUGCACCUCCACGACGUCCCAAUACCUCCCGAAAGAUCAAUGCAAGAUUUACGAAGAGAAUUGUUCGCAGGACUACGUUUGGUACAGCGAUAUUACAACAAAUAA